ACACCCCUCACAUGGUGUGCUAUACAUCGCCAGGCACUCCAACUUUCUUGAAGCGGAGGAGUGUUUACAGGUGUCAGAAGCCACAAUGUCAGGUAAAAACUUCCAGGGACUGAAGGAACAAGCUGAAGGUGCAGCAAAAGAUGCUGCAAACACAUUGGGACAGGCUACUCAGGAUGCAGUCAACCAGAUUACAGAUGCAAGCCAGAAAGCUAUCGACAAGGCUUCCAAGGUGGCGCAAGAUGGGGUAGAAAAAGCAACCGGACAAGCUGCAGAAGCAAUGUCUGGCCUUGGGAAAAAAUGUGGAUUUAAGAAAUAAUGCUAAUUUAAGCAAACUGUAUUGCAUGUAAAAAUCUCUCUUUGGUAAAAAAAUCUGUCUUUGGUCUGCAAUUCCCUACUCCUUUGUGUGGAAAACCAAAACCUGGUAGAGAUCUGGAUAAUUUCUCUCUCCAAAUACAAAGUUUUAAGGCAAAAGGCCCUCUCAUCCUUCAUAUAGGAAAAAAUACAUCUUUUAGCACAUCAUGUAACAUCCGUUCAAAAUCUUCAACAUCACUUAGAAGGCUUCAGCAAUGUUUUUGCCCUGGUCUUACAACAGCGCAAUGCUUAUUGCCACAUUUGCCGAGUGCAUUUAAAAUACUGGUGACACUGUUCGUACUCCAGGACUCCAGAACAUUCGUGUGAUGAAACAGAGUUUCCUUCCAGUAAUCAAAAGUUCAGCUGGGGUUAUAUUUCAUGUCAGUUGUUUGUUUGUUCCCAUCUGCUGUAUUUUCAGAUUAAGAUAAAUAAAAUGUAUUGUAAGG